AAUCUCUUGAAGGUUCAGGAGAGCAGCUGCAGAGACCUCCCAGAGACCAGGAUGCCGCGCAGCAGAGCUCUGAUUCUGGGGGUCUUCGCCCUGACCACCAUGCUCAGCCUCUGCGGAGGUGAAGCCGACAUUGAGGCCGACCACGUAGGUUCCUAUGGUAUAACUGUAUAUCAGUCUCCUGGAGACAUUGGCCAGUACACAUUUGAAUUUGAUGGUGAUGAGUUGCUCUAUGUGGACUUGGAUAAAAAGGAGACUAUCUGGAUGCUUCCUGAGUUUGCUCAACUGAGAAGCUUUGACCCCCAAGGUGGACUACAAAACAUAGCUACAGGAAAACACAACUUGGGAGUCUGGACUAAGAGGUCAAAUUUCACCCCAGCUACCAAUGAGGCUCCUCAAGCGACUGUGUUCCCCAAGUCCCCUGUGCUGCUGGGUCAGCCCAACAUCCUCAUCUGCUUUGUGGACAACAUCUUCCCUCCUGUGAUCAACAUCACAUGGCUCAGAAAUAGCAAGUCAGUCACAGACGGCGUUUAUGAGACCAGCUUCCUCGUCAACCGUGACCAUUCCUUCCACAAGCUGUCUUACCUCACCUUCAUCCCUUCUGAUGAUGACAUUUAUGACUGCAAGGUGGAACACUGGGGCCUGGAGGAGCCGGUUCUGAAACACUGGGAACCUGAGAUCCCAGCCCCCAUGUCAGAGCUGACAGAGACUGUGGUCUGUGCCCUGGGGUUGUCUGUGGGCCUUGUGGGUAUCGUGGUGGGAACCAUCUUCAUCAUUCAAGGCCUGCGAUCAGGUGGCACCUCCAGACACCCAGGGCCUUUAUGAGUCACACCCUGGAAAGGAAGGCAUGUGUCCCUCUUCAGGGAAGAAGUAGUGUGCUGGGUAACGUGGCACAGUGUGUUUUCUGGACCAAUUCAUGGUGUUCUUUCUCUUCUUCAAGUGACCCCCGACUUGCUUUUCCCUUGGCCCUGAGGCUGUCCCUCUCACAGCUCACACACCCUUGGAAUUCUUCCCUGAUCUGAAUUUUGUUUUCUGGCAUCUUCCAAGUCACAUCUACUGCAGACUCUCUCAGAGACCCUGAUCCACAAAACCAAUAAAAUCUCUUCUUAUAUGUUGUC